GCGGCCGCCGCGCCGGCGGGCGGCAAGGCUCCGGGCCAGCAUGGGGGCUUCGUGGUGGCUGUCAAGCAAGAGCGCGGCGAGGGUCCACGCGCCGGCGAGAAGGGGUCCCACGAGGAGGAGCCGGUGAAGAAACGCGGCUGGCCCAAGGGCAAGAAGCGGAAGAAGAUUCUGCCGAAUGGGCCCAAGGCACCGGUCACAGGCUACGUGCGCUUCCUGAACGAGCGGCGCGAGCAGAUCCGCACGCGCCACCCGGAUUUGCCCUUUCCCGAGAUCACCAAGAUGCUGGGCGCCGAGUGGAGCAAGCUGCAGCCAACGGAGAAGCAGCGGUACCUGGAUGAGGCCGAGAGAGAGAAGCAGCAGUACAUGAAGGAGCUGCGGGCCUACCAGCAGUCGGAAGCCUAUAAGAUGUGCACGGAGAAGAUCCAGGAGAAGAAGAUCAAGAAAGACUCAGGCUCUGGGCUCAUGAACACCCUCCUGAAUGGACACAAGGGUGGGGACUGCGAUGGCUUCUCCACCUUCGAUGUUCCCAUCUUCACUGAAGAGUUCUUGGACCAAAACAAAGGCACGGGCGAAACGCCCACGCUGGGCACUCUGGACUUCUACAUGGCCCGGCUGCACGGAGCCAUCGAGCGCGACCCUGCGCAGCACGAGAAGCUCAUCGUCCGCAUCAAGGAAAUCCUGGCCCAGGUCGCCAGCGAGCACCUGUGAGGAGUGGGCGGGCCCACGAUGCAGAGGAGAAGCUGUGGGCGCGGCCCUGCCCCACCCCACCCCGUGGACGAGAGGCUGGGGGUCCACCCUUUGGGGUCUGGUCCCGUCUUGCACCUUGGGGGCUCCAGCCCCCCUAAAAUUAAAUUUCUGCAGCAUCCCUUUAGCUUUGAGUCUCCCCAGACCCCUGAACCCAGAAAAAGCACUCGAUGCGCGCUACACCCAGAAGAACCGCACAGCCGCAGGUGCCCCUCCUCGGAGGACAGCCACACGCUAUACUGGCUCUCCACUGGCUCUCUGGGCCACCCCCGGGACUCAGGGCAGACGAAAGCCACCCCUAGCACACAGCAGGACCCCCCAAAUUACUCACUAUAGGGGGUCUGUGCCAUAGGCCACACAGAGCUACCUUGUGGGGACUUACCGGGGGUGUCCCCCGCAUGCCUGUACCCCAGAUGAGUGGGGGCCGGCCUUGCCCAUCCUGCCCUCCUCCGGCCAAGGGACCCUGGUGGGGGUGGUCCCUUCCCACUGCUGGAUCCGGACUUUUUAAAUAAAAACAAGUAAAAUUUGUGUUUUAA